UGUGUUUGUUUUAACAACCCAAAUUAAGACACCCGCCUUUAUCAAAACAACGCAACACAUUUCACAAGCACUUACUCUGCCAGGCACCAGUCUAGGAAUUUAACCCAUCUGCCUGUCUUCCUCCAUCACCCCAGGGUGCAACUUUGCUGAGGCCUUCUUUCUCCCAGCUGCCACCAAGUUGCACUAGAUUGGGCUCCUAAUCCCGGACACUACUUUUCUCAGGCCGGAGGGGCCGGGAACCCGAGCUCCCCGCUCCCAGGAUGGUCUUUAACGUCCUUCAGUGUACAUGGAAAGACUCCUUCGAAGCACCUCUGUGGAGGGGAUCAAUUCAUGACAGGCCUCAACCCUUUCCCCAGAAACCUACGGCCACCCCCACCGCCGUUUCCCACAGAGGAAAGUCUGGGUGGGGCUGGGAGCGGCACGCAAUGAAUGAGUCAGGGCCUUAGAGUUGAGGGGUGCAAAGGUCCGGAGGGUGGGGCUUCGCAGAAUUCCUGAGGCGGGGCAGGUCGCGCGGCCCCACCCCCUGCCCCAGGCACUGCCUAAUCCUUCCGACCUUCCAGACCGUGAUCAUCGCCAUGGAUUUCGACCUGUCCGCAGCCGUGGGCCCUGCUUCUAAGAAGCCAGAGGGGACAGGUCAAGUGGGAAACCCCAAGCACUGUCCCCCUAAAGCUCCGGGCCGACCAGAGGCAGGCGCUGCUCACAAGCCAAGGCAUGGCUCCGGCAGCUCCUCUGACUCCAGCAGCAGCAGCUCCAGCGACUCGGAGGGGGAGGGAAAGCACGCCACCGGCUGCAAGAAGCAUGAACAAUCCUCGGACAAGGCCAAGAAACCCAAGGUGAAGAAGGAGAAGAAAAAGAAGAAGGCCCCCCACUAACCUAUUAAAGCUUGCAGCCCGCCCCGCUCCCCAGCGCCCCCUGCCGGUCAGGAGCGGAGGCCGUGCUGAGCCCAUCA